GCUCUAUGUUAAGCAGAUUCAGUUGAUUCAGAUAUUGCAGUCAUAUUGCAGAGGCUUCCUGCAGAGACAAAGGGUCAAGGUCAUGUUGGAGGAAAAAAAGAAAGUAGAAGAAGAGAAGCGGAAGCAGGAAGCUUAUGAAAAGGAGAGGAAAGCCCUGUUGAAGGCUCAAAGGGAAGAACAAAAGAAAAUGGAAGAGGAGAAGGAAGCCAAAAGGCAGGCCGAGUUGAGACAGAGUGGUGCUUCUAGAAUAGAACCUGUGACAUCCAGUGCAUCUGAAAAUGAUACUAAUGGGAAACAAACUGAAACUUUACUAGAUAAAGGGCCAGUGGGGAAAGGAGGACAUAUUUUAAAAACUACUGAUAGCGAGGGAAGGGUACUAAAAGAGAAUGAGCAUAACAAGACUAUUAAAGAAGAAAGCUUAGGUGGAGACCGCAAUUCUCAAGCACAACAACAAACAAGGGUUGAGGACUAUGCCAGUGCAUUAAAUGCAGAUCCUUGGAUACCAUUAAACCCCAAAACUGAAACAAAAUUUUCAGACAGAAACUCUGCUAGGACUGAAAGGGAGAACAGGAGGCAGAGGUGUCUGAUGCACGAUAUGCUCCAAAAUAAACAAACAUCCACCUCACUGGCUGAGGAUGAGGUGGCUAUGGUACCUCAGGAUGAAAAGUCAGACAAAGAGAAAGAAGUGGCUAAAGCAAAAAUGACUGAAGAGACAAAUAAUGACCAAGGGAAACCUGUAAGGCCCUCAAAUCUUCAGUUAAAUAUUCAACAGGUUUCACAAAAGCAGUUGUCUGAGGAGAAAAACGAGCAAAACACACCACAGGAUGCGGAUGCUCCCAGUGUUGGGAUCAUACAGAGGUACAGUGAUCACGAGAAGUUAAGAAACAAAGCAGAAAAGUGGAAAGAAAAAAGGCAAAAUGAAACUAACCUGAUUGAGUCUGCAAGCAUACCUGACAGAGAUGCAGCGCAUCCUCGACAGGACUGCAAGGAAGUGCCACCAAGCAGGGCAAAGGGGAUUGUUGGAACUACAUCAGCUUCAACAGCUAUACAGUCUCCCUGCAUUCCUCAGCUACCACCUCUGUCAGCUGACACUGAUAAAGAACAAAAUAAGCCUAAUCUUCAGAAAAAGAAAUCUAUUGAAAACAAGGCUCCACCAGACAGCACUGCACAGUCCACGGACAAGCAUACCUACAAGAGCCCUCUGUACAGGCUUCUGGGUAAGAAGCCUGACAAAAAGAACAGCAAAGAUGGACCACUCACCCCAGAAGGCACAGAACCGCCAUCCUUUCCACACUCCACUCAGGAGCCUUUAGCAACAAAACGAUCCGUAGAUGGUUCAACUGUCACAGGGCAAACUAGUCGUCCAUCUCCAACAGAGCCAGCUGCUAAAAUUCGCAGGAAUCGAUCAAUUAAAAUCGGUAAAGCUGCCACCGUGUCUGAAACAUGGAAGGCAUCUUUGUGCCGAGAGAUCACCAAUUCUACUGAACUGAAACACCUUGAUGACUUCUUGUUUGCUAAGAUUAACACUCUACAUCAGGAUAAAACAGCUAUUGAAGGUCUACUCUACAAAGCAAUGGAAAUGUUCAGAGAAAACCUCAAGUCCAUGUACUCUUCCCCAAAAGGACAUAUUCAUGCUGGUUAUAAAGACCUUAUGGAAAAUUUUCAGCUUCUUGUGAACAACCUAAAUAGAGAAAGGAAUGAGAAGGAUGUGAAGCUUGUCCUUAACCUCUUCCAGUCUUUCCUGGAUGAGUUUACACGUGGAUACACAAAGAGAGAUGACAGUGAACAACACAAGCAGAGAAAAUCUCAGAAGAAGAAGAGGAAACAAGAUCAAAAUGUGGAAUCCAAUGGACAUGUAUUUAUGAGCUAUCAGGUAACCAUUGGGCAGUCCUGUGAACAUUGCUCAUCAACCAUCUGGCCCAUGGAGAAGGCUUAUCUUUGCAGUGCCUGCAAGACAAUCUGCCACAAGAAAUGUCUUAGUAAGAUUCAGAACCGCUGUGCACCUGUUGGAGUAAAAAGCAGCCAGGGGAAUCAUCACUUUGGUGUUCACAUGGCUGACUUAACCGAGACAACUUCUGUACCUGUUGUUAUGGAGGUACUUCUUGAGUACCUGGAAAUGCAUGGCUUGUACACAGAGGGUAUCUAUCGCAAAUCGGGGGCAGCCAACUGCAUGCGAGAACUUAAAACGUCCCUGGAGAAAGACCCCACCUCUGUGAAGCUAGACAAGUAUGCAAUCCAUGCUAUUACUGGGAUCCUAAAACAGUGGUUACGUGAACUACCUGAGCCUUUGAUGACAUUUGCAGAAUACAGCGAGUUUCUGAAAGCUGUGGAGUUGCCAGGGAAGCAGGAACAACUUUGCACCAUUUACAAAGUCCUUGGACAACUUCCACAAGCUAAUUACAACACCUUGGAGAGACUAAUUUUUCACCUUGUCAAGGUUGCUCUCUUGGAAGAUAUAAAUCGCAUGUCCCCAAAUUCUUUGGCCAUAGUGUUUGCGCCCUGCCUGCUUCGCUGCCCAGAUAAUUACGACCCUUUAACCAGCAUGAAAGAGGUCUCAAAAGCUACUGCAUGUGUGGAAAUGUUAAUUAAAGAACAGCUAAGACAAUACAAAAUAAAAAUGCAGGAAAUUGGCAUUCUUGAGGCAGCAGAGACGCGUGCAGUUUGCAGACUCUCCCUUCUGAGGCAAAGCACAGCAUGGCCUGGUCAUUUAGGAUUUAUUUCCCCUAUUGAUGACUGCCUGAACAAGAGCCCAUCUCCCAGUGGAAAUGGUUUACCUGAUCUGGAGGCAGUACAAGAGGAGCAGUUGACAGACUGUGAAGUAGCCCGUGAAUCAGAGUUCCUGAUAGAGAGGAUACAAUCUAUCAAGGAUGAGAAAGAGGACAUUACUUAUCGGCUACCAGAGCUUGAACAACGUGGAUCAGAUGAAGAGAAUAUGGACUCUGAAACCUCAAAUAGCACUGAGAGCUUAUUGGAUGACAGACCUGUUCAUACAGAAAAGGAAGGUCAGUAUUAA